AUGGGGUUUUCUCAAAAAUGGGUUUGUGGGCUGCUUCUCUUCUUCAGCAUUGUCAGUGUAAUCACUCAUGCUGAUGAAAGAAUCGAGACUGCCGGAUGGGGCGGUAACAGAUGUCGAUUUCCCCGUAGAGGAUGCGGUCGUUUUGGUGGUCGAAGAGGUGGAGGCCUUGGUGGUGGUGGAGGUUUUGGCGGAGGUGCUGGUGGAGGGUUGGGCGGUGGUGGUGGACUUGGCGGUAGAGGUGGUGGUGGACUUGGUGGUGGAGGUGGUGGUGGACUUGGCGGUGGAGGUGGGUUAGGAGGUGGAAGUGGAGGCGGAAUUGGUGGUGGUGGUGGGUUAGGAGGUGGAGGUGGCGGUGGGUUAGGUGGUGGAGGUGGCAUUGGAGGGGGUUCGGGUCAAGGUGGUGGUUUUGGAGCUGGAGGAGGAGUAGGUGGUGGUGCAGGAGGUGGUGGCAUUGGUGGAGGCGGUGGUGGUGGAAGUGGUGGAGGUGGUGGUUUAGGAGGAGGUUCUGGUAAGGGAGGUGGAUUUGGAGCUGGAGGAGGAGUAGGUGGUGGUGCAGGAGGUGGUGGCAUUGGUGGAGGGGGUGGCGGAGGAAGUGGUGGUGGCGGUGGUCUAGGGGGAGGUUCAGGAAGUGGUGGCGGUUUUGGAGCUGGAGGAGGAGUAGGCGGUGGUGCAGGAGGUGCUGGCAUUGGUGGAGGGGGCGGUGGAGGUAGUGGUGGAGGUGGUGGUUUAGGUGGAGGUUCAGGUAAGGGUGGUGGGUUUGGAGCUGGAGGAGGAGUUGGUGGUGGUGCUGGAGGUGGUGGAAUUGGUGGAGGCGGUGGUGGAGGAAGUGGUGGUGGUGGUGGUCUAGGCGGGGGUUCAGGAAGCGGUGGCGGUUUUGGAGCUGGAGGAGGAGUUGGUGGUGGUGCUGGAGGUGGUGGAAUUGGUGGAGGCGGUGGUGGAGGAAGUGGUGGUGGUGGUGGUCUAGGCGGGGGUUCAGGAAGCGGUGGCGGUUUUGGAGCUGGAGGAGGAGUUGGUGGGGGUGGUGCAGGAGGUGUCGGCAUUGGUGGUGGUGGCGGUGGAGGUAGCGGUGGUGGUGGUGGUAUAGGAGGAGGUUCGGGUCAAGGCGGAGGAUUUGGAGCUGGUGGUGGUGUAGGUGGAGGAGGUGGUGGUUUAGGUAGUGGUCUAGGAAGUGGUGGUGGAGGAGGUUUAGGAGGUGGAAUUGGUGGUGGACAUGGUGGUGGUGGAGGUGUGGGAAUAGGUGUCGGCAUUGGAGUGGGAGUGGGAGUGGGAGCAGGAGCUGGUGGUGGCGGUGGCGGUGGCAUUGGAGGGGGAGGAAACUAA